AUGCCCAACCUGCACGAAAGGCAUGACACCGAGGCCGCGAAGGGCUAUGACCGGCAAGUGGAUCGCUGGCUGCGGCGGUUGAUGGUGGACGUGAACAUCUCGCACAAGUCGCUGCCAGAGAGCUCGGCCCGGAGCCAGAUUUGCACCCAUUUGGAGAAGGUGCAUGGGUGGUUUGACCGCAGCAAGAAGGCCUCCACCUUCUUGAAGCAGAGCGCCGGAUGUGAGAAGCCACCUGUGCCGUCGAAGCAGGUCACCAACUACCUGCCGAUGGACCACCCGGUUCCACCUGGAUCGAUGUAUUGGGAGCGACCAGAAAAACUGAUUCCAAAGCCCAAGGGCGAGGAGGACAUGGAGGCCACUUCGGCCAACGAUGCCACCACCGACCUGGAGAGCAGCGUCGACACGUUGUUGGACGUCCUCGACCUUUGA